AUGGAGGCAGCGGGUGAAAAGAAUCCGGGUGCCGAGGAAAGUCCUUUCCGAGCCAUCUCAGCUGCCCUUCCAGCCGCGUCCGCAGGUGCCCAAGCCUUCUCUGGGAAGGAGCAGAGAAGCCCUGGCUCUGGAAAGCCUUCCAGGAGCAUCUGGCUGCACCUCCCAUCGCUGCCGGCCAGAGCGGACUCCACCACCUCGCGGAUCAUCCGGCUGAGCAGCCGAGGUGGAGAGGCUGCUGGUGUUAAUAGCCAAGGGCCGGAAGCCGGGAGGAAGGCCGACGGGCACCUGGGGACGGGGGCGUCUGCGCUCCGUACGGAUGAGCCGGAGGCAGGCCAGGGGAAAGCCCGCAAGUCCCCCCAGGGCUCAUUCACGGAAGCCUGUCAGCAGCCCAAGCACACCGUUGGCUUCCGCAGCUGCAUUCCAGAGAUGGCAUCCCUGGAAGAAAUUGAGCUCCUCGGAAAAGGAAAGAGGUCCCCGGCUGCGGGAGGCCCCGGCGAGCCCCUGCACCUCCUGUGCCGGGCCUACGUCUAUGCCAUCCACGGCUUUCUCUCGGAGAUCCUGUUCGUGGCAGUCAUCCUGGGCGAGGACUGGACCUUCCGGGGGGCCGCCAGCGCGUGCGCACUCCCCGUCUACGGCGCCUGCGGCCUGGCCCUGGAGCGCCUCCACCUCGGCCUGCGGGGCGACUGCUGCCUCCUGACCCGCUGCACUUUCUACAUGGGCUGCAUCUUCCUCUGGCAGCUCGGUGCCGGCUGCGUCCUCAGCCUCCUGGGCGGCUGCCCCUGGGACUUCAGCGCCUAUCGCUUCAGCCUCCGCGGCCUCAUCGCCCUGGAGCACAGCCUCGUCUGGUUCGUGGGCUCGCUGCUGCUGGAGAAGCUGCUCAUCUCCACGCUGCUGAGGCUCAGGCUGCAGCCGGCCUGGAGGAAGCCCCGGAGGGCCCCCGUGCCCCGCUUCGCGCUCAAGGACGACUGA